CACAAAUCAAAGUUAUCGCAGUGCAUCUAGACAAAGAUGGGCUUUUUAUCUUUAUUGCCACUGUGCCUUGGCCUCCUGGCGAUCCUGCCCCGACCCCUCGAGUCCCUGGAGCCCCUGACAAUGGGCGCCAUCGGUUUUGGGGCCCUGGGAUUGGGUACCUAUUUCAAGGAGCACACCUAUUGCCGGUUUACCGAGUGCUGCGAUGACCGUAGCAUUCCGGCAGAUACAGGUUCAUUGGCCGUGCAGUUGCAUGGAAAGCUUAUUGGCCAGCACAUCGCGACCCAACAUAUUCUGCCAGCCAUCAUGGCUCACGUUGGAAAGCGUAGCAACUCCCGGAAACCGCUGGUCAUGAGCUUCCACGGGCAGCCCGGAACAGGCAAGAACUUUGUGGCCGAUCUGAUUGCCGACGCCUUGUAUUUGGAGGGCUCCAAGUCGAGCUAUGUGGCCAAGUAUCUGGGACAGGCGGAUUUCCCUCAAGCGGAACACGUCGGCCAGUACAAGAUGCGUAUUAAUCGAGAGGUGCGAGAUCAUUUGCGCAACUGCCCGCGAUCCUUGUUCAUAUUCGACGAGGUGGACAAGAUGCCACCCGGUGUCUUCGAUACACUCGCCUCGCUGGUGGACUACAAUGCCUUUGCCGAUGGCACGGAUAAUACGAAGUCCAUCUUUAUCUUCCUCUCGAAUACGGCGGGCAGUCAUAUAGCCGAUCAUCUCGGUAAUCUGAUGAAGGGUGGAAAACUGCGCGAGGAUACGCGCCUAAGUGACUUCGAACCGCUGCUGAGGAAGGCCGCCUACAACCUGGAUGGCGGGCUGAAGAAGACCACCAUGAUCGAGGCCCAUGUCAUCGAUCAUUACAUUCCAUUUUUGCCCAUGGAGAAGGCGCAUGUGGUUAAUUGCCUGGAGGUGGAGUUUGGUAGGUGGGGCAAAGAUCCCAAUCGCAAGAUCAUCGAUGAAAUCAUGGCCUCCUCCAUCAGCUACGAUCGCACGCACGGCCUGUUCGCCAUUUCGGGCUGCAAGACGCUGGAGAAGAAGGUGGCCAUGGCCAUUAACUAGGGCACCAGUCCGAACAGUCCGACACUGUGAUGUCUUUUACACAUAUGAUGGUUUUGUAUUUUUUGAAAAUAUUUUAAGGAAUAAAGUGAACAGGUCAUUUAA